CAAUGUGUGGAGCCAAAAGCAAUAUCAAACAAGCACUGAAAACGGUGCGUUUCGCCAAUGUUUUAGGUUUGUUCUUCUCUCGUUUCAGUAGAUUCAGCACCUGAGAACCCAAGACAGAAAGAGGAAGCCAAUCAGAAGAUAUCAUCAACCAUGACGGACUAUGCACAGGAGCAGGAGAUGGAAAUUGAAGCUUUAGAAGCAAUACUUAUGGAUGAAUUUAAAGAAAUUCACUCUGCUGAGAGUGGAUUGAACACUUCUAAUCGGUGCUUCCAAAUAACACUAUCUCCGCAGGAUGAUGAGUUAGACGAGUCAACAACUACCCCAGUUCAGCUGGCUUUAAUUUUCUCUCACACAGAAAAGUAUCCAGAUGAAUCUCCUCUUCUGAAUGUAAAAAGUUUACGAGGAAUACAAACUAGUGAUCUUAAAGUUUUGAAAGACAAGCUGGAACAAGAGGCAUCUGAAAAUCUUGGUAUGGCCAUGGUCUACACACUGGUUACAUCCACUAAGGAGUGGCUGUCUGAAAGAUAUAGCCAAGACACCAGUAAUGACGAUGCUGGAGAAGAAGUGGAAAAAGAAGAUAUAAUCGUACCUCAUGGAGAGCCUGUUACUGUUGAGACAUUUUUGGCAUGGAGGGAAAGGUUUGAGGCAGAGUUGGCAUUGGAGCGAGCUAAAUUAAUGCCAGAAGCUGCACUUACAGCACCCAAGGAGAAAAAGUUGACUGGCAGACAAUGGUUUGAAAGUGGAAGAGCUUCUGCGAAAGGCACAGCCACAUUCGAUGAAGGAGAUGAUGAGGAUGAUGAUGAAGAUAUUGAUUUUGAUGAUGAUGAUUUUGAAGACGAUGAAGAAGAUAUGCUUGAGCAUUAUUUGGCUGAGAAAUCAGACUCGUCUGCUCACUCGUUGAAGCGAGCUAACUAAAUGAAAAUGUUGUAAUGUUAGCUAUUGAUCUCCCAUUUUGAGUGAGGAUUUAUAAUUUUUACGUUGUAUUAAUAGGUAUUUUUGCCCCAUUUGAUGAGAUGAUUAAGUCAAGCAGGGUGUUUAUUAUACUCAUAAUCUACUUGUGGUGGUUUCUCAACAUGGUGAAGUUGGAAAGGGUAGCCUCAGCUUCUUCCAAAGUAACCAUGGUCAUCCCACCAAUGGGAAUGUAAGCCAGGGUUUCUACCAUGUUUCAGAGACAAUUUGGAAUGGAAGGAAUGACAAGAUGUGCUGUAAAAUUGGUUCAGGAAUGCACAUGGCUUUUCCUCUAGCAUUACCUUUAUUUAGCAUCUGUAUAAGGUUUGACAAUGAUGAGAUAAUACCCUCUACCCCACAUUCGGUGUUGAAUUAAUAGAAAAUUGAACCCUUAUAUAUAUAUAUAUUCUAUCUCAAGUUCUCAA